CCGCGCGCGCAUAGAGUCGUCAAAAAGCAGAGAAUUGCUUCCUAUAAUUCUUUGUUUCUUUAUUAUCUGCAUGACCCCCCUGUGAGGACAAUGUGGCGCCUGGUGCUGGUGCUGGUGCUGGGUGUGGCGCGGGCCUCGUGCCCGGACAGCUGCGUGUGCGACCCUGACCGGCUGGACUGCACGCUGCCCUCCACCAUGGUCACCAUCAAGAUGGAGCGGGGAGGCGUCAUCGUCAACUGCCAGCCGCUGGGGGAGGACGUGGCGUGGACGGUGGCGCCCGACGGGUCGUGGGACCUGCCUGACACUACAGACUGGGCAGCCAGCGGGUUCAACUGCUCGCAGCUGCCGCAGCAGCCGCUGACGUCAGCGGUCCGGCUGGAGCUGCGGCAGUGCACGCUGCCCGACUCUAUCGGCUGCACGGCGCGGCGGCUGGGUGCGCCCGCGCCGCUCGCCCUCUACCUGAUGGACGUGGGGGAGGGGGACGCCCUGCAGGCGAGCCACGUGGACGGGUUGCAGGGGCUGGAUAAGCUGGCAAUAUUCGGAAGGGAUGCGGCCAUCAACGCCACCAUCCCGACAGAAGCCCUGGCGGCGCUCCCCGCGCUGCAUUCCUUCACCAUAAACCAGUUGCGCCUGGCGUUCCGCCCCGGAGACUUCGCGUCGGCGCCGCACCUGAAGUACUUAGAACUGUCCUACGUUGGGAUCACCCACCUGCCCGCCGGCGCGUUCCACCACUUGGCCGAGCUGCAGUAUCUCAACCUUUGGAGGAAUCAGUUGGAAGAGCUCGGGGAUGGACUCCAAGGGCUGGCGUCGCUGCAGAAGCUGGAAUUGUCGGCGAACCGUCUGCGCUCGCUGUCGCCCCUGCUGACGUCACCGCCCCCUCUGACCAUGCUCUCCGCGUUCGCCAACAACCUGACGCUGCUGCCGCCCCUCGCCCCCCUCACGCAGCUCGAGACCCUGAAACUAUUCGACAACGUGUCCCCGCUGCUGGUGUCGCCGCGCGCGCUGGCGGGCCUGCCGCGCCUGCGCACUGUGGACAUGUCGCGCAGCGGAGUGACGUCACUGCCCGAGGACGUCCUGAGCGGCGCUACAGGGCUGGCAGAGCUGCGGCUCAGCGGCAACAAGCUGAAAGACCUGCCUGACCACGUGUUCCAGGACUUGAUGUCGCUGGAGCACCUGGACCUGAGCUACAACCAGCUGGCAGCUGUCAGCUCGCAGCUGUUCAGCUCCCUCAAGAAGCUGAAGAAACUCAACCUGAAGAACAACCAGCUGGCCGCGCUGCCCGCCGACUCGUUCUCCCGGCAGUACGCGCUCACGUGGCUGGACGUGUCAUACAACCAGCUGCGGGCCCUGCCCACCCCCUCGCUGCGCGGCGCCGUGCAGCUCGAGCACAUCGACCUCUCGUACAACAGCAUCUCCGAUGAGAACGACACACAGUUGGAGCGCUACCAGCUGCUGGAGGGCGCGUGGGCGUCUCUGACGUCAGUGCGCGUGCUGUCCCUGUCGCACAACCGGCUGGCCGCCAUGCCGCCCGCGCUGCCCGUGGCGCUCGCGCACCUCCAAGACCUCGACCUCUCCUACAACCGCAUCACGCAGCUCACGGGUGAGGACGUGUACUUCCUGAGCGACGCGGCGCGUGUGGACGUGACGCACAACGCGGUGGAGCGCGUGUUCCCGCUGUACAUGCUGGACGCGGCGCAGCCCGGGCCGGCGCGGGCGCAGCGGGCCACCGUCAUGCUCGACGACAACCCCUUCCACUGCGACUGCCAGCUGUAUGCGCUCGCGCAGAGGUUCCGCGGCCUCACCUCACAAGUCACGACGGAGGCGAGCUUCGACAUGGGUGCGGCGCGAUGCGCGCAGCCGCCCGCCCUGCGCGGGCGCCUGGUCACGGCGGUGCCGCUGCACGACUUCGCCUGCCACAUCAACCGCACCGAGUGCGACGUCGACUGCGCGUGCGUGCUGCGUCCCCACACCCUGGCCCUCGAGCUCACCUGCCCCGCACAACCGACCUCAUACCCCCAACUUGCGUACUUCGGCGUCUCAGCGCUCGACCUCACUCUAACACAACCCCCCACAACCUUCAACCUCAGCGACAACAUUCGCACCUUAAACCUGUCAGGACUAAACCUCCAGGAACUCCCGAAAGGCCCAUUACCAAUCUCGGUGAAAACCCUGGAUCUCUCCAGAAACAGCUUCUCGAGAAUCCCUCGAGAGUUGUUGGAGAUGAAUGUGACGCUGCGUGUGUCGCGCAACCCGCUGGUCUGCGACUGCUGGCGCGCGGGCGACGUCGCCGCGCUGCAGCAGCACUGGGAGAAGAUCGAGGAUUAUACUCAAGUGAAUUGCACUGGGGACAUUCCUGUGGAGUCCAUAAACGUCCAGCAGCUGUGCAGCACGGCGCGCGCGGCCACCGUCGGGGGCGUGCUGGCCGCCGUGGGGCUGCUGGUGGCGGUGGUGGCGGUCCUGCUGGUGAGGUACUCGGACGAGCUGAAGGUGUGGCUGUACGCGCGCGGUUGGCUGCUGCGCUGGCUGGCCAUCGACGACGACGACCGCCGCUACGACGCCUUCAUCUCCUUCUGCCACAAGGACGAGGAGUUCGUCCGCGACCACCUCAUCCCCGGCCUCGAAGCUCCACCGCACCAAUACAAGCUGUGCGUCCAUUACAGGGACUGGAUCCCCGGAGAGUGGAUCCCGGCGCAGAUCGCGCAGUCAGUUGCCGACUCCAGGAGAACCGUUAUUGUCGUCUCGCAGAACUUCCUGGACUCCAUCUGGGGUCGCGCAGAGUUCCGAGCAGCCAACAUGAGCGCCAUCAAGGAACGGAAGACGCGGGUCAUAGUGGUUCUACUCGAAGACAUCACCAGCCACAAGGAACUGGACCCUGAACUGAAGCUGUACUUAUCAACAAAUACUUACUUGAAGUGGGGUGAUCCGUGGUUCUGGGAUAAGCUACGGUAUGCGCUGCCUCACCGCAGGGUGGCGCCGCUAGCCAGGGGUCAGAGGGAGGGGGAGAAGAUGAAGCAGACAAGGAUAGCGAAGACGGUGGCGGAGUGCGGGCUGGACACGCGGCUGACGUCAGAGGGCGUCAUCAUCAACGCGGCCGCGCUGGCGGUGUCCAAGAAGGUGGAACACUUGCACCUGGACGUCGCCAGUCUGAAGAAGGACUUCGACUGUUAUUGAACAGUGCUGGUACAAGGUCCUCAUUGAAAGACAGAGUCGGUGCAAUAUAAAGAUUCUAAAAUGAGUUAGUGCCGAGAUCUGCCACAGAAUAUCUAAAACUGAAAAGUGUGUUUGGACUAUAUGGCCGCAGUGACCGUGGUCAUUCUUGUACUCCGGCCAAGUGGUGAAUACCAUAUGCGGGAAAUCUACAACAAGUCACGUCAAAAAAAAAUAAAGUUCAUUAUAUUGAUCGACGAUCGACGAAUCUCAAGAGGAUUUUUAUUUAUUUUUUAGUGUUUGUUUUGAUGACCUUGCGACAUGUAAUUAACAAUUAUUGUCGUGUUUUGUAUACAGGGUGUUGGUGACACCGUACCGAAUGCUGAGGGGAUUCAGAGUUAAUGUCAAGUGGAAUUUUCCGUCGCGUAAUCACUAACACCCUGUUUAAAUAUAUGCGUUGCACUAUCAGAGAUUUUUACAUAAUUAUUAAGCAUUUGUUAGUUUUCAUUAUCAACAAAAACUGCUUGUUAAUUUGAUUUUACUAUGUAAAAAUACAGCCUGAAGUCACUCACUCUAGAGGAAGAAUUCACGGUGCUUUAUUCUAGAAUUAUAAUGCUAAUUAUUACGGGAGGUGUGAGAUUCUAUGAUAUUAAGAAAUGUAUAUUAGUUGGUUUUAAACAUAGACCAGUAGAGCUGACAUGCGCGACGUGAUAACAAAUUGUCACGGUCAUUUUUCGAUUAAUUAUAUCGUCCCUGGAAAGGCAUAAUUACUUAAGCGCCAAGAGGCCGUUUAGAGAAAAAGCCGUUUAAAAUAUUUUUCAUUACUUUUACCCAUUUGGACGACGUCCACGUAAGAUUACAAAAAAAAAUAUACAAAUACACACUUUAUUGCACCAAAAUAAAAAUAAAUAAUUACAAAAAGUCUCUUAACUAAGUAAAAUGGCGGCCUUAUCGCUUAAAGCGAUUACCUAUCAAAUCAAAUCAAAUAUACUUUAUUGCACAGAACUAAAAUUUCAACAAUCAGACAUAACACACCUACCUAUCCACCUAUCUUGUUUACUUUUUCAUUUUCUAAAUCUAAUAAUACAUAAUUAUCAUGGACUGCUAUUUUAUGAUAUUUUGGCGCUUACGUAAUUUUGCCUUUCCAGUGAUGAUAUAAUUAUGUCGUUUUGUCGAUUGGUCAAAAUAAGAACAAAAUGCCGUGACACGCAUGUCAUUGAAGAAUUUCUAUGAAAUGCAAUCCGGGACGGCAUACAAAAACGUGACAAAAUUUCGCACAUAUUAUUACAUUUUUCUUUAUUAAAAUUCAUAAUUAAGUUAAAUAGAAAAAAGGAUACUAAGAUCUGUCUUUAUUUAGUACUUAAACAGAAUUUCAUUAUCAUUGACCUAGGACACUACCCAAUUAUCAAAAUGAUGUAAAUUGAGCCAAAAAUAUGCAGCUAAAUGUGAUUGUGCAGGUAAAUAGCUGUAACAUUAGGAUGUAAAAUGACUUUCGGGACGUCGACGGCCAUAAUUAUAGUGUUUGACAGUUCCAUGUACAAUGCUAGAAAGAGAUGGAGCUACUUGUAGGACUGUUCAACUAUAAUUAAAUAAUUAUUUUUUCUUUUAUUGUAUUCGUGUUGUUAGAUCUUAUAUCGAAUCUCUAACGGGUAGCAAGAGCAAUAAUUAGUUUAAGUAUAUUUUAAUGUUUUUAAUAUUUUAUGUACUCUUCUGGGGGUCUAAAGAGGCCACAUUGAAGAAAUUAAUCUAAAAAAUUACACACACUCACAUAAACAGCCUCCUAUAUACGUCCCACUGCUGGGCACAGGCCUCCCCUCAAUCAACCGGAGGUGGUAUGGAGCAUACUCCACCACGCUGCUCCACUGCGGGUUGUUGGAGGUGUUUUUACGCCUAAUAGCUGGCUAUCAACGGCUUAACAUGCCCUCCGAAGCACGGAUUGAUCUUACUUUUUCGGACAAUCAGAUGAUUCAAGCCUGAAAAGUCCUUACCAAAUAAAGGACAGACUCACAAAAUGAUUUCGACAAUGUCCCCAUCUCCCCUAACGCUCUAACCACUAGAUCUCGGAGGCUAUUGUGCGCAAUAUCAAUAAAUAUCAAAUAGCAAAAUUGCUUUUUAGGUGAAUUGCUUCAAUAUGGCCUCUUUAACUCUCCUAUUCUUUGUAUUUUUUAUUUCACGAGGUGUCUGAAAAAAAAGAAGUGACUCGAGGCGUCUUCUACAAAUUGGCAACAGUUAAGCAGCCUGUAAUCCAUAUUGGGGUAGGCAGAGCUAGUUACCACGAUGCUCUUGCCAAUUUGUAUUAUUCGUAAGCUUCACUCUUACUUAGGACAACGUACCAAGUACUUGGGACAACCCCAACCACGUACCAACGUACGUUAGUUUUACGUCUGUCUUUAGUUAGUAAUCAGAAUUUUAUAAUUUUUCCUUGAACCUUGUACACGAGCCAUAUCGCGCGGCGCGCGACACGGUUGCUGUGCCGCGCGGGCAGAGGUUUGUUCAUUUACGAUACGUAAUACUUUAUAAAAACUUAUUUCUCAAAUCGCCAUAAUGUCUAUUAUAGUCUCUGAAGGAUUUUAUUACCUACCUAUUGUAUUAAUUUAAAGCGAUAUGAAAACCACCGCCCUAGCAGGGUGGACAGAGGAGCUGUAACUGUAUCUGAGCCAACUCUAGUCAACUCGUUGUAUGCGAUGUCUGAUCGUUCAAUAAACUGAUUUUAUUCCAUUUUA